AUGGAGAGCGCCAUGGAAGACUUUAAACGGAUACGUGCGCGUUUCGUACAGCGUAAAGUGGUCAAGCAUGAGUUUGAAAUUUUCACAAAAUUCGAAAACCACACGAGACACAUUUGGGCGCUCUAUCAACAAGCGACCGCCGGUGACGUCAAUUUGCCGAGUGAGGAAAACAUUUCUGAGGUACUAUUUGCGGGCAGCGCAGUAUUUUCAGAAUUAAACUAUAUGGAGAUCGACGAAGGAGAAAAUUCGUGGAUGUGGAAGUGGAUAAAUGGGAAUGAGAAGUGGCAUGCUUGGAACAGAUUGAGAGGUGAGCGCUUAAAACACCUUAAUUAAAUAGUCUUGUUAUUGUUUCAGGGCUCUCGAGAGAUGAAGCCAGUAAGCAAUACGUGGCAAACGUGGAAGCAUUGAAAGAGCACAUUCAUCAGUUACUAAUCAACUGGCAGAUUGAGAUUAGCAAUGAUGCAAUUGAAAAAGAACUGAAUAAUAACAACAGUUAA